UAAAACGAUUUGUUGACUAUAGAAAGAAGAAAAAGCGGUUUGAGAGAAGAAAGGGUGUGUCUGAAAUCACAAAAUCGGAAGUUAGAGGAAGCAACACGCACAAACUAAAAUACAGUCUCAUCUUCACUCACACAUCAUGUUCAUGCUUUCUCUCACUCUCAACUGCUGGAGUUGUUGCGGUAGCACAAGUAGAGCUCACACCACAUAUUCUCCUUCUAUCUUCACCACUCUAGCUCACAGAAGUAGAUAUGGCACAUGUUGCUUUGCCAAGAAAUCUUUGAAGAAAUCCAAAAGAGAAGGACCACCAGAGUCAUAUGGUGGUGACAUUUCAGAUGAGAAAUUUGUUCAAAAUGAUAAUUUGGACACUUCUCUUAUACCACCUGCUCAGAAUGCUAACCCUUUUCCUUCCAGAAAUGCUGUGCUUCAGGCUUGCAUAAUAACUUCUGGUCUUAUAGCUGCGUUUGGGACAGUCAUUCGCCAGGUGUCUCAUAUUGCGUCAAUAGAAGGAUUGCCGGUCUUGGAUUGCUCUACAGAAGUAUCAUUUGGUUUUGAAAUGUGGCAUCUUGAGUUGAUUACAGGACUUGUAGUAUUAAUAUCAUCGAGCCGCUAUUUGCUACUGAAGACUUGGCCAGAUUUUGCCGAGUCCAGUGAGGCAGCCAAUAGACAGGUCCUUAGCUCACUCCAACCUUUGGAUUAUAUUGUCGUUGCAUUUUUGCCUGGAAUUAGCGAGGAACUACUUUUUCGUGGUGCAGUUCUGCCACUUUUAGGAAUGAACUGGCAGAGUAUUGGGGUAGCAGCUUUCAUCUUUGGUGUUUUGCAUAUAGGCAACGGUCGAAAGUAUUCCUUCGCCAUUUGGGCAACCUUUGUUGGUCUUGCUUAUGGAUAUGCUACAGUUUUAUCUUCUAGCCUCGCAGUUCCCAUCGCUUCUCAUGCAGUGAACAACCUGAUUGGAGGGCUUUUAUGGAAAUACACAUCAAAGCAGAAAUGAAACGAGUAAAUCUAUAACUCCUGGUAAAAAAAAAUCUCAAUAGAUAAAUCUCAACCUCCUAUUUCUCCUCAACCGUCCCCCGUCACUGUCUAGAUUUGGUGUUAUGUAUACAAGAAUUAUGGUGCAGAGACUCAGAUCAUACAGAGGCCAAUCCAAGAGAUCUGUUUGCAAAUGCAGCAACUAUUAUUUUUUUGUUUGUAUAAACUGGGAAUCUUCUGCGUGCAACUACGGCAACUAUCGAUAGCACAUUAUUUCUCCAUUUUUUAAGAAAAAAUAAAUUUGAUUCUGUAUAGGUUUCUGCUGUAAUUACGUCGAAACCCUUGUCGUUUGAUUCAUUCCAUAAAUUGAUAACUAAAAUUUGUAACAAAAAAAACUACUAUAUCAGUUGGCUUGGUUAAUGAUGUUAAUUAUAUUACCAUAUUUGGAAAA